UUGCGAUCAUUUCCAAUGUUGCAUUCGUCAUAUUUGGUAUAAUUUUGGUCGAAUUUUGCUUACUGUAUUCUAUAGUAAAUGAGAAAGCACGGAAGCUCUUUGUAUGGCAAAUGCAAUUUAUACCAGAUUCGCACUAUCUCAUUUAGGCACUUGCUCAUUUAUAUAAAUGAGGAACCGUUCACAUAAUAAUGAGCUCAUUUAUACAGCUUUUAGAACUUUUGGGUAUCCUGGAAGAGUCAAUGCCUCUUUUAUUUUUGAAAAUUCAUCACUUAAAAGCCAGUUAGAAAAUUGUAUUGCUUUAGAACACAAAAAUAGGGUGAUUAAUGGUGUCAAAAUACCCGUAUUGAUCCUAGGUGAUUCUGCAUUUCGAUUUUCCACCAAAGUUAUGAAACCAUACCCUUAUGAUGAAAACGCUAGCAUUGGUCAAAAAACUUUUAACUACCAAUUAUCUAAAUGUCGAAGAGUGGUUGAAAAUGACUUUGGACAGCUUAAGGCAAGGUUUCGCAGAAUAGGGAAGGGCAUUGACAACAAAAUCGAAAACGUGAACAGCAUAAUACGAUCCUGCUGUGUUCUUCACAACUUUUUAAAUGAAAAAAAUGAUGUAGUGGAAAAAAGUUGGGUACGUGCUCUGAAAAAACAACAUCUGGUUUCAGAACGACAACAACCAGAAGAAGUUUCAGUAUUAAAUGACGGCGAUCUAAAUGCAGAACAAAUAAGACGAUGUUUAGCUACAUUUUUUAGUGUUUCAGAAUCUUCCGACGUAGAUAUUGGGUCUAUCGGUGGAGAAGAGCAUUGCGACAGCAACGAUGUCUCAUUUGAUGACGGGCCCUGGUCUGAUAAAUAAACACAUUCAUUAUUUUG